UUGAUCUCACAUCUUUAAACAUUUUUAUUUAUAAAUUACAUAUUUUGUAUUACGUAUUUUUUUUUUAAAAUGAAAGAUGAACAGAUUGAUAAUAAUGACCCAGAAAAUUCUCGAAUAUUUGUAUUAUAUGACAAAAAUCACCCAAUAUCUGAAAAUGAAUUUAAAGAGAUGUUUGGAAAUUUUGGUGAUGUAAAAAAUAUUUACAUUGUAAAAGACCGCAACAGUGACAGUGUGAAAGGAGUAGCAUACAUAAAGUAUUCAAAAGCAUCAGAGGCUUUUAAAGCUAUUGAAGCAAUGAAUGGACAUAGAAUAGAAUCAUCAAAUCGUCGUAUGAAAGUCUUAAUGGCCACUAGUCCUGGUCAUAUAAGAAGCAAUUCAGAAAUGGAAUACAAUAGACUAUUUGUAUUUGUACCAAAAACUGAUAAGGAAUCAGAUUUAGAAAAUAUUUUUAGCCAAUAUGGAGAAAUAUCUAAAGUUCAUAUAGUUACAAAUAAGGAUACCGGAGAAUCUAAAGGAAUAGCUUUUAUAACUUAUUCAAAGCCUUCGUCAGCUGCUUUAGCUAUUGAAGAAUGUGGACCAAAUUAUAAAGCUGUUUUUGCUAAACCCAAACAUGAUGAUGGACCAUCUGCAUAUCCUCCAUCUUAUCCUAGACAUAUUGAUUCUAAAAAUCCAACUAGCAGUUACUCACUACUUGCUCCUCCAUCUCAUCAACAUCGAGAUGAACCUAGUGUAUUAACUGCUUAUACUUCAUCAAUUGUCUCGUAUAAUGAAGUUUAUAAAAUUAUGAAUAUUGCUCCUGAAUUGGAAUUAGUUAAAGAAUUAUCAAGACAGCAAAUGUACGAUAAGAAGAUAUUUCAAGUUAUUUAUAAUAGUAUUGCAGCAGCUGAACAUGCUGUAAAUCGAAUUAAUGGAUUUGAAUACCCGCCUGGUCAUCCAAUAAUACUGGAAUUCAGUAGUACUCCUAUAUCUAUCUCAUCAGCGGUGGAUCCAAUAGCAAGUAAAAUUUCAAAAGAUAUUGAAGUACUUUCUAGUACUGUCAACAAAGCAUUAGCCGUGAUUAAGAAUGCUAGUAUAACUUCUGCUUCCUUAUGCUUAGCGGAUGAGUUUAGUUCACCAUUAGCACCAAAAAGAGGAAAUGAAAAAGUUCUUUUGCCAUCAUCAGAUAAUUCAUUCAGAUUAUUUUUUGUGUGCAAACCAAUUAUCCCUCCAAUGCGGUUAUUAGAAGAUACUUUUAAAAUGUUUAAAGGGUUUAGAAAUAUUAAUGUUAUUGAUGGCAAGAAUUACGGUUAUGUAACUUAUGAUAAUCUGGAAAGUGCUACUCGAGCUAUUAAUUGUUUAAAUGAUCACAAAGUAUACAACAGUCGUUUAAAAGUAAUGGAAGCUGAACCUAGAGAACCAAAUCGUAAACGCAUGAAACCUGAUACAAUGUGAAAAUAAGUAGACAGUAAAUAGCACAACAAAAACAAACAAUUUAUUAAACCCACUAAAACGACAACAGAAACUUGAGUUUGUCUAUAAUUACGAGACAAAUAUCACAAAAUCAACCAAUUUCAUGAAACACUACAAGAUAUUCAACGACUAACAUAUUGUCAACACAAAAGACACUUUUUAAACUAACUAACAUAUUUUACUGUGUUAUUUAUUCAGAAAGUUUUUAAAGCUGAGAACUUAUAUUUAUAUAGUCAUAAGCUAUUAAAAUUACUGGAUAUAUUUUAAGAAAUUAAUUAUAAUGACAAGAAAUUAAAACUCCUAAGAUAUAUCUGGGUAAAGUCAGAGUAUAAUUAAUUCAUAUGCAUGAUGAUAUAUUUAUUAGAUAAUUAUUUACUAUUUUUAAUAAUUAACAUAAACUAUUUUGUACUAUAACACAAAUAUCAAGUACACACAACAAGACUAACAUCUUUGAAACAUUGACAUUUACCAGUUAUGUAUUGCUUUUAAAAAUAUUGGA